ACCAAAGGAAGCCCCGCCUCCGGCGCUCGCCGGCCUCGCGGGCGUCGCCCUGAAAGCCCUGACCCAGGCGGGUCUCAGCGGACUUUAAGGGGAAGUGAGUCUGGGCCUCGUGACCCGGCCAUCCUGGGUCUUUGCACAGAUUCCGUCGCGGUCGCCUCAUGGCAGCGCCGAGCUCGCUGCUGCUGGCCGCGCUGCUGUGGGUCCCUGCCGAAGCCCUGAGCUGCUAUGGAGACUCCGGGCGGCCGGUGGACUGGUUCGUGGUAUACAAGCUGCCAGCUCACAGCGGGUCUGGGGAUAGUUCAUGGGAGGGUUUGAAGUAUAAAUACAUGGACCAGAGCUCCGAGGGUUGGCGCGACGGUGUGGGGUACAUCAACAGUUCAGAGGGAGCCGUGGGCCGCAGCCUGCUGCCGUUGUACCGAGACAACUCCAGCCAGCUGGCCUUUCUACUCUACAACGACCAGCCUCCUAAAUCCAGCUCAGCUUGGGACUCUUACAGCCGUGGGCAUACAAAGGGUGUUCUGCUCCUCGACCAAGAAGGGGGCUUCUGGCUGAUCCACAGUGUGCCACGCUUCCCACCCCCAGCAUCCUCUGGUGCAUACAGCUGGCCUCCUAAUGCUCGAACCUAUGGCCAGACCCUACUCUGUGUGUCCUUUCCCUUCACCCAGUUUCUCAAGAUUGGCAAGCAGCUAACCUAUACCUAUCCUCUGGUCUAUGACCACAAGCUGGAAGGCAUCUUUGCCCAGAAAUUACCUGACCUCCAGGAGGUGAUCAAGGGCCACCAUGUCCUCCAUGAGCCCUGGAAUAACAGUGUAGUACUCACUUCACAAGCCGGGGCCUCCUUCUGGAGCUUUGCCAAAUCUGGAAAAUUUGGAGAUGACUUGUACUCGGGCUGGUUGGCAGCAGCCCUCGACACCAACCUACAGGUCCAGUUCUGGCCAAAUUCUCAAGGCACCCUGUCUUCCAACUGCUCCGGGACCCAUGAGGUUCUUGAUGUGGCUCAGACAGGCUUUCCUGGCCCGUCUGCACCAACUUUCAGUGCUACAGAGGACCACUCCAAAUGGUGUGUGGCCCCUCAAGGGCCCUGGGCCUGUGUGGGUGACAUGAAUCGGAACCUGGGGGAGAUGCACCGAGGUGGAGGCACACUGUGUACCCGGCUGCCUGCCUUUUGGAAGGCCUUCCAGUCCCUGGUGAAGGCCUGUAAACCCUGUAGCGAGGACAGCUGACCAAAAGCCCAGCAGAGCAAGAACUAAGACUCAGGGACUGGCUGGGUGAUGUGGUGCUCACCUUUAAUCCCAGCACUCGGGAGGCAGAGGCAGGAGGAUCUCUGAGUUUGAGGCCAGCCUGGUCUACAAAAUGAGUUCCAGGAUAACCAGGACUACACAGAGAAACCCCGCCUCAAGCUUGGACUUGAAUUUGUUUUGGGGGAUGGUUUGUUGGUGGGUUGAACCCCAGGGCCCGCCACACGCUACACAAGCUGCUGAACUACAGUACCCUCUGCCCUGGCUAUGAAUCUGAAUACCAGUUCAGCCCCUUCCUAACUGGAGACCUUAAUAGUGCCUUAACCUCUCUGGCUUUCAAAUGAUCUGCAACAUGGUGUAACAACACAUGUCUCUAGAGGCUGUCAAUAAAAGGAACCCAGUAGUUA